UAGGAGAUAUAAAAAGGAGAAAUCGAGUUACUAGGAGCGAGACUAAUUUUCCAAACAUGGAUGCCAUAAACACGCAGCAGAUAUCAUCAGCAAGGAAGAUCGAGAAGGUGGUCGUUCAUCCACUCGUCUUGCGUAAUAUCGUCGACAAUCACAACCGCAUGGCUGGGGCCUCGGGAAAGCGUGUUGUCGGUGUUCUUCUCGGCAGUAGCUCCCGUGGUAUCGUUGGUGUCACCAACAGCUACGCAGUGCCCUUCGAGGAGGAUGACAAAGACCCAAGUAUCUGGUCUUUUGAUUCCGACCACCAUGAGUACAUGUUGCGCAUGUUCAAGGGCCUUAACGACAACGAAGAUGUGGUUGGUUGGUACAGCACAUGCCCUAAACUCAGAAAGAAUGAUUUGGCUGUUCACGCUUCUAUCUUUAGGAGCUGCGGCUAUGUUCUCAAUCCAGUUGUGUUGGUCACUAUUGACGUCCAGCCUCAACCACUUGGAAUUCCCACAAAAGCUUACUUUGCAGUGAAGGAAGCCUUCGUCCCUCUGUCUACAGAAAUUGCCCCUCCUGAAGUUGAUCAUAUAGGCGGGAGUGUCCUGGUGACUGAGAUGACUCCGGGUGGUGAUAAUGGCUUGGUGGAUUUUUUGGAAGAUUACUACAUGUAUGUCAAAAACAGUGUUAGGAUUAGCGUUUCAGGAUAUGACACUUCGCUUGAUGCUGUUGAUCUUGUUGGAUAUUUGGAGAAGCACUUUGAGUCAUGUGGUUCUGUGGAGGACAUUAUGGUGCCGAGACACCCGGUAACCAAUGCGAUUAUCAGCAGUUCUACUACCGUGGUUCUCCGCGGAGAAGGUGCAGCAGAUAAGGCGUUGGCUCUCAACGGAAGUGACGUUGGAGGAUGGAGAGUGUCUGUCACCAUUUUACCACCCGAGCUGGAUGAGAUGAGCUCUGAGAUGACUGCCCGCGAGUUUGCUCUUGGUUAAGCCAGCCGCUGAGAACCCCUGUUAAAAUUA